AUGCCAAGGGCUUCAAGUGCGUCGUGGGUGUGGACGAAGCGGGGCGUGGUCCGCUUGCUGGCCCCCAAGAAGCUCGAUGAGAAGCAGCGAGAAUGGCUCUUUGCCCAAAUCACGUCCAACCCUGCUAUCAAAUACGCAGUCCACGUACGUUGCCUUCCUGCUAAAGAGCACCUCGUGAUUUGCAAGCAGAUCAAUCCACCGGCGCGCAUCGACGACAUCAACAUUCUCCAGGCGACGCUCGAGUCCAUGCGCAAGAGCGUCGAGGACCUCCCGAUGCCGGUCGACUAUGCGCUCAUCGACGGCAACCGCAUGCCGACGCUCGACGUCGACGGCGAGACCGUCGUCAAAGGGGAUGGGCGCGUCUACUCGAUCGCAGCUGCCUCCGUCAUUGCCAAGGUCACGCGAGACCGCCUUAUGGUCGCCUACGACAAGGAGUACCCCGAGUAUGGUCUCGGCCAGCACAAGGGCUAUGGCACCAAAGCACACAUGCUCGCAAUUCACAAGCACGGCGCGACCCCGAUUCACCGCAUGACGUUUGCACCACUCAAUCAACUCUAACCCAUCACACUACUGGUACAACGAAAGUCAUUUUAGUAAAAUUGUCAUUUGUCUUUGCA